AUGCCCAACAAAAGUAAAUCCAGUUCGAAAUCAAGUUCUGCUGAAGCGGUGGAAGGGUGCGAAGAUGCCGAGUUCGCCUCGGUUAGUAUUCGUGAACUCCUGCAAUUACAAGAGCGUAUGUUCAAGAACUUCGUGGAAUCCAUUGCGGCAAGUCUAACCAAGAGGGUCGACGAUCUUGUGGGUAAAGUUUCAGACCUUAAAGCAAGCCUUGAAUUCAGCCAGAAGGAUAUUGAAAACCACAAAACGCAGAUUAAUUUGUUUGAUAUGAAUUUACAAUCGGCGUUUGAGGAGAUCACUAAGCUCCAAACACCUGGCGCGAAGCAGCUCGAGAGAGCAACUUACCUCGAAAAUACCUCGGAAUAGUAUCCCAUGAUGCACCUCGUUUAAUGUUACAUUAUCACUGCGUACGCGACAUAUCAUGAUCAGUAAUCCUCAGCACGCACGAAAUGAACAUCUCCGUGCUCGAUGUGGAUGGUUUCCAAACAUGUUUCGGUUCAGCAGCUUCUGCUUUUGAGAUUAUCGAGUUGGCUUAUGUUCACUGUGCUUUCAAGAAGAAUUUCAGCGGUACUUUGACUAAGAAGGGUUUUACAUGUGUUUCACUGAUCUGUCGAGAACUACUUGUGCGCUUGGUCGCACUGUAAACACGAAGUAUAAGACUCGGCAAGUGAUAAGCUUCGCUAGGUUCACUAGGAGACCCCAGGCCUGAGGAGAACCAAAACCAUGACUGAUCUAAAAAGUGGCUCCAACAAAACAGCCGCUAUGCUGUGAAGCUAAUUACCAAAGGAGGAUUUAUUACAGCAUCACGCUCACGGGAGCUCAGUUUAUGGCAGUUGCAAAUAAAGGUUAACCUAUCGAUGCGACAAACAAUCCUCUGAAGCACAAUCUACCCGUUACCGACUCAAGCAAUCUUCAAGGAAAUUUCCUGGCCAGAAUACUGAUCUGCUCUUUUGAAUAAAUAAAGUUUCUGAUGUUUCACUUUCAAAUUCUGAACAGGCUUGUCUACGUUGUGCCGGCUUGCAUGCUGCGUGGCACCUUUCUGUUGGUUCGUAUCACACUGAAGCACAUCAUUUAUAGUCACCGCUCCUUCUUCGAAUUAAAACAAUUAUAGUCACAUUCCUUUUAAAAAUAACCACUUUAAAAAUACAAAGUGAUUGCUUCAGCAUAAAGCGCUCUCGAAAGCGCCCAACAGAUUGUAGCCUUCAGCUGUCUUUACCCAUGUAUCAUCACACAUGGCGUUGAAAUGUGAUAAAAGACUCGAAAUUUCAGCCAUCUUUGGUCGAUAAAAAGUCUUCAAAAUGUGGGUACUUCUGGGUACCUCUUAGCCUGUACAAUAUUCAGGACUUCAUUUUGCUGGCGUGAGGUCCACAUUUGGAACAUUUCAACAUAUAUUCCGAAAAAUCUUGAAUAUUCAUGACCUUGUUGUGGGUCACUGAACACUCUGUGAUGAGAAGACUGAUUGAAACCAUGAAAACAAAUGUUUCUAUGUGGAAACUUCGCUCUUAAGCCAUUGCAAAUCGGAGAAAUCAUGUCAAAUAACGAAAUAAUGCAAUUUUCUUACUUUUACUGGAAAUCGAAUAAGAAUAAAGCCGACGAGAAAACGACCUUAUUUCACGACGGAAUCUGCAAUGACUGCAAUAGUGCGUGAUGCUUCUGGAAAAAUUCAUCAUGGGAUACUAUUCGAUCGUCGUCUGGUCCGUAUUGAAGGCAUUGUAGAGGAGUCGGGAGAAAGUUGGGAGAGCACGGACGUUAAAGUGAAGGAGAUGUGCACUGAGGAAUUGCAGAUGGAAUCACCUCCUGCAAUUGAGCGUGUACAUCGAACCGAAAAAGACAAGAAACCCGAUGGUACGCCAAAACCGAGAACAGUCGUAUGUAAACUCUACGAUUGGAAGGAAAGAGAAGCGAUCCUUAAAGCAGCUAGAAGAAACAAGCCUCAUGGAAUCCAUAUUUAUAAAGAUCUUGCUGAGGAAACAAUGGUGAAGCGAAGAGAACUUCUUCCAAAAUUAAAAUAUGUAAAGGAGGAGGGCAAGAUCGCUUACUUUUCCUACGAUAAAUUAAUCAUCAAGGACAGACCAACUAGUGCCAUUUAUUCUCCUGGAUAA